AUGCUUUAUUUGUGAAACUUACUAUUCAAUUGGUGCAAUUUUCCCAAGAUAACGAAAUUACGCAAGUUUUAUUUGUAAUUGGUGCAAUUUUCCCAAGACAACGAAUUAUGCAAGCUUAUUUGUGA